AUGGCCAAAAUCGUUGUGAUCACACCUGUAAAAGAGCCUACGGAAUGGCUCUUACAAAUGGUCGCUGCAAAAAAGGAUGGAUUCAUUCACAUCUGCGUUGAUCCAAAAGACCUCAACAAGGCGCUCAAAGGACUCCACCAUCCGAUGACGACAGUUGAAGAUGACGCCUCACGUAUUACCAGUGCCACAGUGUUCUCUACGCUUCAUUCAAUAAAUCAAAUUAGACUAUGAGUGCCCACUACUCACAACUUUCAGCUCCCUGUUUGAAUGGUACAGUUUUCUCCGAACCCUUUUGGAAUGACCUUCGCUUUUGAGGUCUUUCAUUGUGCAAUGAGAGAGCUGUUUGCUGGGUAGCCCUGUGCUUUCAUCGUGGAUGACCUGUUGGUAUAGGGUGAAGGAACACCAGGGCACGAUGCAAAUUAAAAAAUAAUCCCGAAGGGAGCACGAGAGAUUGGCUUCAAAUUGUCUACAAAGAAAUGUAGAUUCCCUUGUGAUCAUGUCUGCUAUGUUGGUCAUUCGUUCAUAAAGACAGACCUCAUGUGUUCUGAUGAAUCCAAAGUUACUGCAAUUAAUCAUAUGCCUGCCCCUCAGAGCCCUGCAGCACGUCAUCGAUUCCUUGAUAUGAUCAAGUACCUAAGUUCAUGAGCAAUCUAAGCUAGAAGACUGCUCUCCUGCGCCAACUGCUAAAGGGAGACAUACACUGGAGCUGGAAAACACCUCGUCCAAAAGCGUUUGAGCUCCAGAAGAUGGACACGUCAACGCCCUAGUCUUUAAGCUCUGUUUUCCUGCGAAGCAUGCCGCACUGGCAGUGGACGCCUCAAAGAGUGGUCUUGGUGCCGCAUGCCUGCAGGAUAGUUGCCUUGUGGCAUAUACCUAAAGAGCCCUAGCUGAAGCUAAAAAUCAAUAUGCACAGAUCAAGAAAGAACUGCCUGCAGCAGCAUUUCAUGAUUUCAUCUGUGGUAGGGAAGUCCAUAGUGAAACUGAUUACAAACCUCUCACAGCAAUCGUAAACAAGCCUCUUCAAACAGCCCCUGGCCAUCUUCAACGAAUGCUGUUGCAGCUGCAAAGUUACAAUUUGAAGUUUACCUACAGAAAAAGAACCGAACUGCGUAUGGCAGAUAUUGUCACGUGCCUACACAAAUCAGAAACAUGGUAAUGAGGAUGAAUAUCAGUUUGACAUAUUGUUCAGCGCAAUCUCACCCAACACGUAUGGCUGA